AUGCCGCAUUCCGUUCGAAAGUACUUCAAAAAAUCCUGCUCGAAUUCCGUGGCAAACUCCCGAUGGAAUAGCGACUCUCGCAAUUCAGAAACGCCUUCUCCCCAGGCCACACACCUCGGACUUCUUAGCUCUCACCAGCACGCCGUAAAUCGUCUAUUCUGUACAUCAGACUAUGACCAUGUAUCGCCCAUUACCUCAAUUUGCUCCCGUUCGUCCACCGACACCUACGCCGACUCUGAUGCGAAUCAUGAAGAGACAGGAAAUCCUCAAACCUCCAAGUUCCUCGAACCAGCUUCGUUUCGAUUAUGCCACAAGCUUCCAAGGCCGAAUCUACGCCCGAGCAGCCCCUCGGACUUUGCAGAGUACUUUCCCUCAACUCGAAUCAUGUCAAUAUGCCACGAUGACACCUCAGGUGACAGUAUGACCAACAUACGUGUUGAUACGGAUGACCUGGAGCACCAAGGCGCCAUCCAACUCUUUCACCUACGAAUUCAGGAUAUUGAAAACCGAAAAUUUUCCUUUCGUCGAUAUGAACGCUACUCGGGCCGAGAGAUUUGCAAGACGUCUCAGAAGUGCCUUCCACCCGGCCCAGUGAAACGAGCAGUAUUACCUCGUUCUGUUUCCCUGGCACUGGCAAACAUGCGACUUACUUCCGCUUCCUUUUCCUCCCAAACAUCAACAACCCGCCCCCAUUUCAAUCCGGAGCAUGACGCCCAGCCCUUGGACAGUGAUCGUGGACAAGAUCCCAGUGACCUGGAUAGUCUUUCUUCCGAAGUGGAAGAUAAGCAAGCCCUUGUUCUACCUGACGUUAUCCGGCUGGACUUUUCAAACUACGCCCAGGUGGAGAUAAAGUGCCGGCCCGUUAAGUAUGGGAGACGGUAUGGAUUUGAAUACUGGGGCCAGGAGUAUGCGUGGAAGCGAAUCGGCAGGCCAGAUGCCUUGGAUGAGAAUAUUUUUUACCACUUGUUUAGAUAUAGCGAUUCAAAAAUAAUUGCCCAUAUUCUGCCGCAAGUCCGGAGCGAUCGAGAGCGGUCCAAGGAUCGUGAAAUGGGUGAUUGGGUGCCUCCCUGCCAAUUAUGGAUUAAUGAUGCCGCCGUCGUGCAGGGAGCAGGGGAUGUCGCUGACGUUAUCGUUGCCACUGGUCUGGUAGCAUUGGUCGACGACAGCAUUAAGAGCUACUCCCUCGAAGCAUCCGAUCACGAGCGUAAAUCUUCACGACAUCGACGGCGCCUCGGCAAUCUGCGCAAACGGUCACCUGCAUUCCGGAGCUCCGGGAGUAGAAGAGGUAUAUGCUUAGGAGGGAAGAAAUCUGAGGAGAGCCACACAUGGGAGGCUCAACGUGGGUAA